CGCAGCCAGCACUCCCGCCGCAGUAAUAGGUAGCACCAUCACCACCAGCACACCACACCACCCUCUUCACAUCAUCUCUGGGUAGUCUCCACCCACAGCACCCAAAGCAUGCACACCCAAGAGCCCGCACAUAACCGCACACUAUCUCCGCGUGCGCAUACCCACCCAAGUCCACCAGCCAGGCGCCCUCCACCCUCCGCCCCACCACCAGCCCAGCACAAGGCCCAGCGGCCAGCGCAAACAACCAAGGACUUAUCGAGGCGAGUCUCGAAGGGCAAGAGGGGCAAAUUACCUACCAACCCGAACCCCGGCCAGCACAGCACAUACGCGCGCAACAAGUCAGCACGCAGCAAGCAAGCAAGUAAGCAAGCAAGCAGGACCAGACUUCCGAAUCCCACACCCGCACUCACGCACCAAGCGCACACACUAACCGGCCCCCCCAAUCCCUCAAUCCCUCAAUCCAUCAUCCCCAGCCCCUACUACUCCCACCAACAACCACUAGGUACUUCGACCCUACCCAAAGCCCGUCCAUCCAUUGAACACGGCACCUACCGUCUGAUCAGCGCAGGGGCCGCAACCCACACGCACGCACGCAGCACGCACGCCCACCCGCCAUCACCGCGCCAGGCCGCGCCCAAGCCCGAGCAAGUAAGGUAAGCAAGCGCACGCAACGACCAACAACCACCCAGCACGCCUAACGUCCACCACACCUACCUAGGCAGACCACCAUCCACCUAGAUCGACGGCACGUUCCGGCGCGCGCGUGCAAAUAACACCUCCCAACCCAAC